UGAACAACCUCUCUCACCACCAACAUCAACAGCACUCACUAUGGCCGACGACGAAGUUGCAACCAGAGCUCCAGAGAGCGACGCCCAGCCCACUGCCGCCGAAAAUGUGGAACAGAGCAUCUUUCCUGGCGACACGAGAGCUCAGGCGGGAGCCAGUAUGGGCGAACACUGCACAACGGACAGACCGACCCCUUCCGGCGAGGUCCCCACCGGCGAAAUAUCUAAGCUUGGAGGCAUAGAUGUCUACAUCUCAAAGCCGGCCGAUUACCCUCAUUCGCCCUCAAAGCUCUUGCUCCUACUAACCGGCGGAACUGGCGUCAAGUCUGCGAACAACCAACUGCAGGCAGACAAAUACGCAUCUGAGGGAUUUCUGGUGGUCAUGCCCGAUCAAUUCGGAGGUGACCCGGCCCCGAAUAGCGUCGAUCAGAGCGCCCAUGACAAGCAUCCUUCCGUUAUCGAACAAAUCAAGCUCCGCGUAGGUGAGACUGCGAAGUCUUUCCUGAUCGAUAUGUGGCUGGCCCGACACACCCCCGAGAAGGUUAUACCGAUCCUACACAAGGUCAUUGAAGGAGCCAAAGAAGAGUUCGCAGAUGCCGUUGCGAACGGUGGUGGUAUAUACGGUGUCGGGUACUGCUUUGGGGCGAAGUAUAUUGUGAUACUAGCCGGAGAGCACCCUGAUACGGUGGCAUGGGACCAGGCUGCGCCAGGAGACGAGGAACAGGGAGUAGUGAAACAUAUUCCGGUCAUUAAGGCCGGUGCAAUUGCUCACGGUACUAUGGUCGCGAAGGAGGAAAUCGAGGCGGUCAAAGUACCACUUUACAUGGCUUGUGUCAAGGACGAUCCCCUAUUUCCGGAAGAAGUUUUGGAGGAAGGGCGGAAGGGACUCGAGAAGAACAGCAUCGAGCACGAGAUCCAAGUAUUCUCGGAUGUACCCCAUGGUUUCGCCGUUUUAGGCGACUACGAGGAUCCGAAUAUCAAGAAGUCUCAGACACAGGCCUUCGGGCAGAUGCUUGGUUGGAUACAAGGCCACUGAGUGUAUCUCCAGGUUCCAUGGGUCCGUGGUCUUUUGCAUUUGCCUGGGGCGUCUGGGCGGUCGGUUGUGGCUGUACUUCCAAAAUAAGAUUAUGGAUUUCGAACAGGCUCAUGGCUUCAUAUAAUUAUAUCCCAAUGCUCCCCGUAUUGCUCCAAACUCCAUGCAAUGUCAACUACUAUACCAAUUCUAUGUCACCUGCCAACACCUUUUCCCUAAUAGCACUCCAUCUUACAACUCUUACAUCGCCCCUCUUCAUUUCGAACGCCCUAUCAGUCCCUACGACAUUGAUUUCCCCUACAUCCCUCAA